CAAGACUCGAAGUCGGCUGGCUUGGGGACAAUGUCCUGGCACUCCCAGCAGCAAGCCUUUGACGCGCCGCAGUCCAUUGCGGGUCUGGUGUCGCCGCAGCAAGUCCAGUCGCCCAUCGUACACACCUCAUCGCCCGACAGAAAGAGGAAGCGCACCUUGACCGCCUCCGACCUCGACCACAUCCGCGACGGCGAUCACAACGGCCUACAGGCUCAUGCCGAUACCAGCAGUGUCGGCGGCGGCGGCGGCGGCGGCGGCGGACGGGGCAGCGUGAGUCUCGCGGGCAGCCCGAGUCAGCAGAAUGGCAGCAAGGCACGCCACCAGCCUGGCGUGAAGAGGGCGUGCAACGACUGCCGUCAGCAGAAGUUACGGUGCAAUGUCGUCGCAGGACCAGGCGAGCAGUACAAACCGUGCGACCGGUGCGUCAAGCAUGGCCUCAGCUGUAGUAUCGACGACGGCUUCAAGCGACUCGGCAAGCGCGCUGCGCACGAAGAGAUGGUCCGAGAGUUGGAGCAAGUCAAACAUCGAUUAGCGCGAUAUGAGUCUCUGGGCAUGUUCCUGCCUGAAGAGACGCCUGGCUCGGCCUACACUGGCAGCUACCAGGCUUCUCCCGCUGGUGGUGCGCCGGCCGCUGUCAUUGGUGGCACUGGAUUUGGCUUGGGAGCAAGUGAAGCAGCCGCCUCUAGGAGUCUACUCGACCUCAGCCAAGGCUAUCGCGAGCUGCCUGCAACAAGCAUGCCCUCUAUCACUCCGGGGACAUCAUUGACCACACUCGGCAGCAACACGCUGACCGAGCAGCAGCUCACAGACCUCUACGGCAUCUACUUUGAAUCAUACCACCCCUUCCUGCCUGUUCUCAACCCAGAUCUGGAUUACAAGACGUACUACGACGAACACCCGCUGCUGCAUUGGACCAUCGUUGCCAUUGCUGCUCGGCGACAGGAGUUCAAGCCCGGCCUGUUCAUGGAACUGCAUCGACCACUGGAAGAACUUCUCUGGACGACUCUGUCGCAAGUCCCGCAGUCCUACCACGUGGUGAAGGCACUGGCACUCUUCUGCACAUGGCCACUGCCAACUUCUUCGACCAGUCAAGAACCGACCAUGAUGCUCUGUGGCAUGAUGUUCCAACUCGCCAUGCAGCAUGGUUUGCAUCGCCCCUCUCACGCCCAAGACUUCAGCCGGUUCAGCGUUGAGCUCCGCGACGAGGACGUCGCAGACAGAUUAGACACAUGGGCAGCCGUCAAUGUGGUAGCGCAGAAUGUGAGCACCGGCAACGGUCAACCACCGCUUGCACGUUGGGCGUGGUUCACAUAUGGUCUGCAUCUGGGCCGUAUGAAGCCUGAGCUACACACGCGUUGCCAGAUUGAGAAGUUCAACGAUACUGUCACGCGCACGCUAUAUACUAUGCAGCGUGAUCAUAUCGUCGAAGUCGAUCAAGCUCAACGUGGGCUCCAAGUCGACAUGUACGCCCGAGAGCUGGGAGAGCUCGAGGUCACAGUCUUAUCCACCACCAAAGCUGGCCAGUCGCGGAAGGCACUCGAAGUCCUUUUCCUGAAAGCCGCCGCACUUCACCUACGUCUUACAGCAUUCUUCGACAAACCGAAUCAGCCCAACUACCACGCUGACCUUAGAAAUGUCUAUAUUGCAGCUUCUGCGCUCCUCGAACAUGUUAGUGAUAUGAAGCCAGCCGAGUUUGCUUUCGUCCCCAGAUACAUCGAGCAAAUGAUGCUCGCCGCAUCUGUGACCCUAUUGAAGAUUCUCAAUUCAUUCUAUGCGAAGCACGUGGACACCGUACACGGGAAGACUCUCUUCACGCGCGCGGUCGCCGCCCUUCGCACCCUGAGUGUGCGCGGAAACGACCUUCCACAACGUCUGGCAGAGGUCAUGGCGCAACUAUGGAUAUCCAGCGGCGGAGGCGAUCAAGAUAUGUUCUCGACCGAUCCUGCAAACGAUAUUGGAGACAAUAGUCUUUCCCUCAAAGUGAGAUGUCGAUCUUCCUUGUCGGUCCUCUACGACGCGAUCUGGCGUUGGCGCGAACGUGCUGGACAAGCUGGUCGCGAUAACCUGGUCAAUGAUAUCCAGCACCCAACCACUCUGAGCGAGACAAGGCGCAACACGCCACAGCCAGGUACCAAUGCUUUGGCUGAUGUUCAUUUGACACAGCCCAUGGCGGGUCUUCCCCAGCUAGCUCAGUCGAAUGACCUCGACGCGCUGAACUGGGAUCAGACAUUUGGCGGUAAUGCCGUUUUUGAUCCUCUCUCUUGGGCUUUGGAUGGUAAUAUCAUGGGUCUGACGAAUCCCCUGUUCAGUCACAACGACGGACUGGGUAUGAAUGGAUAUCAAGGCUAGGUAGUUAGUAACCCGAGUAUCCCAAAAGGACCUCGAAACCGCUCAGAAAUAGACAGGAAUGCGAAAGCAAAAAUGACCUCCGAAGAGAGGUACGAGAUGUAAAACAUCCUUCUUGACUUGCGUGUCAACCAAAAGUCACGCCAGCUUCAUCUCUUUGUG